AUGACGGGAGUUAGAGGCAAAAAGAAAAGAUGGCGCCGACACCCGGCACCGCCCCUGAAGCCCCGAUCUCCAGCGGUGAUUGGCUGCGAGCGCGCGGCCGCCGGCCCCGAGCCGCCGCUGUCCCGUCCCAAGGAGCGAACGCCUGGGGAUGCCCGGCCCGGGGCGGUUGAGGGGCGCUCGGGGGCCGUUCCUGGCCCCGGGCCGAGCGCUGACAGCCGCGUCUCGCCGGCAGGGAAGGCGCAGCACGGCCUCAAGGAGCAGUACCGAGUGGGGUCGCUCCUGGGGCGCGGCGGCUUCGGCAGCGUCUUCGCGGCGACGCGGCUCUCGGACGGCGCCCCGGUGGCCAUCAAAAGGGUGCCACGGAACCGCGUCCGGCACUGGGACCAGCUGCCCGACGGCACCAGCGCACCACUGGAGAUCGUGCUGCUGCACAAGGUCUCCACUGGCUUCCCUGGUGUCGCCCAGCUGCUGGAGUGGCUUGAGCUCCCCAAGGACAUCAUCAUGGUGCUGGAGCGCCCGGAACGAUGUCAGGACCUCCGGCAUUUCAUUCUGGCACGGGGGUUCCUGUCCGAGGAGGUGGCACGGGAGCUGUUCCGCCAGGUGCUGGAGGCCGUGCAGCACUGCACCAGCUGCGGGGUCCUGCACAGGGACAUCAAACCAGGGAACAUCCUGGUUGACCUGGCCACCGGGCAGGCCAAAUUGAUCGACUUCGGCUGUGGCACCUACCUGCAAGACACGGCCUACACUCACUUUGCAGGAACACCGUCAUACAGUCCCCCAGAAUGGACCCACUUUGGCUGGUACUACGGCAAGCCAGCUACCAUCUGGUCCCUGGGCAUCCUGCUGCACCAGAUGGUCUGCGGGGAGCACCCUUUCAGGAGGGGCCAGAACAUCAGCUGGGACCAUCAGCUCUCGCUGCCAGAACGGCUCUCUCAAGAGUGCCAAGAUCUUAUAAAGUGGUGCUUAUCCAUGCCAGAUGUAGAAAGGCCCUCAUUAGAAGACCUCUUCUGUGAUCCUUGGAUGCAGGAUAUUCAUCUGCCAUAG